UGAGACUUCUUACUGCUGUCACUCUCGGAGAAGAGGAAGAGAAAGAAGCAGCGUUUGUUGGCCAUUGUUUCUCUCCCCGACAACAAGGAGGUGAAGCCGUGAACAGGCUAACAAAGUGAGGAAUAUGCGCUCACUUAUUGGACUUAUCGCUGUUGUUGUUGCAGCCAGCUUAUACCUGUACUCCUUGUCCCUUUACCUUCCUGCGGGACCGAGACGAAGUCCACGUCCAGCUGCAGAGAGGCAACAUGUGGGGACGGAGGAGACAGCUGAGAGCUCCGAGGAGCCCAGCAGUUUAAAGUUCCCCUCAGACUUGGAGGAGCUGAGGGAACUGGCUGAGCUGCUGCAGUUUUACAAGAGAGAGCACACUGGAUACGUCCUGCUGCUCUUCUGUAGCGCAUAUCUCUACAAGCAGUCCUUUGCCAUUCCUGGAUCCUCAUUCCUGAAUAUUCUAGCAGGAGCUAUAUUUGGACCAUAUCAAGGACUGCUGCUUGCCUGUGUGCUCACCACAGUGGGCUCCACCAUGUGCUACCUCCUGUCCCAGGCCUUCGGAAAACAAUACAUGAUUAACCUCUUCCCUGAUAAAGUGUCCGUGCUGCAAAGGAAGGUUGAAGAAAACAAGGACUGUUUGUUCUUCUUCCUGCUCUUCCUGAGAUUCUUCCCCAUGUCUCCUAACUGGUUUCUGAACAUGUGCGCCCCGAUCGUCAAUAUCCCCAUCACCUUCUUCUUCUGCUCAGUCUUCAUUGGCCUCCUUCCAUACAACUUCAUCUGCGUGCAGACGGGCGUCAUGCUGUCUGAGGUGUCGUCUUUGGACGACCUGAUUUCCUGGGAGCGGCUCCUGCAGCUGCUGGCCAUCGCCUGCAUGGCUCUGCUGCCCGGCGCCCUUAUCCGCCGCUUCAGUCAGAAGAGGCUCAAACUGGACGUACUACAGAACGGAGGCGUCGACGACAAGAAGGUCAAGUGAUUUGUUCUGGAAAUGUAUUUAUUCCAUUUGAUUCCUGAAUGGACUGAAUGUAUUUAAAGUGGAGACUCUUGAGAAAGAACUUUGUGCACUCGUGUGUGUAAAGGGUUUAAUUUUCUGAAUGGCUUUAUUUUUCUGGAGCCAUGUGGAGAUAAGGAGGGAUUGCAGCGGGAUUUGUAGCCAAGUGUUUUGUUUUUACCAAGUGUUGGUGUCUCUGUGCCACAACUGCUGUGGGCUCAGCCUGCACACUGGGUGUUUAUAGAUGUCUGAAUGUACAAAAAACAGGGACAGAGGGAAGGAUUUUAAGGACACUUGGAUUCUUGUUUUGCUGUUAUUGUUCUUUUUCAGUGUAAAAUGUGAUUGGUUCAAGUGCCUGUUGUGCAUUCUUCGACUCUGUUUCAAACUUCUACCUCCAACAUGGACACGUGGGAAGGUUAUGGAAGUACGAGCAGCCUCACAAAUGAAUUGGAUCGAUGGGAAGUGUUUGUAACUUUAACACUAAUGAUGAUUGGAGCAUAUGUAAUACAACUCAAAGUUGUAUUUUUCUUGUUUGACAAUUGCAUUUUGUAAAUUGAGUGUAAAUUCUGAGCAUUAAGAAGAAUUUUGUACAUUUUUUUCAGAGUUUAACUUUUUCAAAUUGUGUAAUUUAGGGACCAGAGUUUGACCUUCAGAUGACAUUCAGGAAGCUGCCAAAGGAAACAAUUCAAAUCCUUUGUCAUUUUGUGGCUAAAUAUAAAGCCCUGUUCUGCUGGGUCAUGGUUUCUAAUAAUCUGAAUCCUUGUAUAAAAAUGAACGGGAAGUUAUUUCAGGUAGUGUGAGGCCAAAUUCAUGCUGCGAAUCCUUCUCUUUGCUGCCUUUCCCUGAGUCCUUUUGUCUUUUGUUUUACUGUUCCAACAACCUCUCCAUUGUUCAGAGUGUUAUUUUUAAACUCUUUCUUCAUGUGGAUUAAGGUUUGCUACGUCAGAUCUCUCAGACAUUUUAAAAUGUGUUGUUGUUCACAGUUUGCUUGUACAUCUGUGUUAUGUCUGAUCACAAAUGAUUACUCUUAUUUAAGAGGUGAAAAAAAAACUUGAAACAACAGUAAACAUGUGUUUUUCAAAUGUUCUUUAUUGCUCAGAUCCAGGUUGCUCAGCAAUACAGUUCACUCACAACUCAAAACAACAGCAUGGCUGUAACCAGAAAGGCAUGGAUCCACCAGAUGUGACAAUAAUGGAUCAUAUGUCUGUCCAGUGCACAGUCACUGAUUACCUUGAGGUGUUUGGGACCUUUUGGCCCGUGGGAAAUGUAGGACUUGAGGGUUGUGACCUUCUGAGGAAACAAAAAUUAAUCUCCCAAAUUGUGAAAAUCAGUUCACAGAAAAGGAUCCAUGUAAAACUACUGAAAGUCUAGUGCUUUAUGAAGUGUAGUACACACUGGAACAACAGUCUCAUGCAAUGCUUUUGUGUUUUCUCAUUUCAAAACAAGACGGGACAAAAAACACUGCUGUGGUUCUGCAGACAUCUGACCAGACUUAUCUAAAUCCUUCCUCAGCUGAGCUGCAAUAUUUGGAUGUUUGUUGAAUGCCCUCUUUUCGGUUCAGUCCUAAAAGCAGAACGUGUUUUUAUCAGCUUUUUAAAAAUGUUCAAUCAAACCUGGAUACUGUCGAUCCCCAUCUUUGCAUGUCACAGAUAAUUCAUUUGCUGUGCUGACACCCAAAUCUGCUCAAAAUCCUAGCUAGGAUAUUCAACCACAAUUUAACAGCUAGUAUUAUUGAUAGAGAUCUAACAGGAAUGAAUAUUAAAGCAAAAGAAUCCCAGCUACUGCCCCAGACUACAUAAUUAAAUCAGUGUAAAUGACGAGAAAGCCAGAUCAACAGAAAACAAAACGGAGAAAAAAAAGCCUACGCUAUCCAACCACCAUGUGAUAUGACUAACACAGUACACCCGCAGUGAUGUGUGUGAUUGUGUUUUUUUUCUUGUACUGAAUAUUAAUGUCUAGCAACACCCCACACAACCUAGAAACACCAAUGCUUGGUAAUUAAAAAAAUCAUUUUAACCCUAACAAGUUUCAACCUCCGAUUGUGAUUGGCCAUUGCUGUGCUGACAACAUCACAGUGAAACCGAACCGUAGAGCCAAAAACACGAGAGAGAGAGAGAGAGAAGAAGGAGAGAGAGAGAAAGAGAGAGAGAGGGGUCUGAAGAGUCCUCUGCAAGAAAAGA